UAUGAAACAGUAAAGGGAUAGUCUGUUUUUGCAAUCCUAAUUAUAUGUUGCUCUUUUGGAUGAACCUUUGACUAUCGUACAGUUUCUGGAAAACGAUGAACUCGAAAGUUUGAGGGAAUCAAGUCAUCUGGAUAAUUUAGAAAUCUCAAAUAAAAGUGAAAAGCAAGUGAUUUCAAACAAAAGUAGGCUUUAGCUGUAUAAUCUAGUUUAUAGUACUCAGAGAAACAAAGAAAAAUCCUUAUGGAGCAGGUUGGGCGAAUAAGGUAUUGGAAAAACAAUUCGGCAUUCAUUUAUAGCAAAUUGCUUAAAGAACAGGCCCAAAAUGGAUUAUAAAAAAAUUAAAACCUGCAGAAACAAAAGAUAAAAAAGAAAUUGAGCAUCUACCUUUAGUGAAAGUACAUCAGGCAUUUACAUGACUUUAGGAUAUCAGAUCCCAGGAGAAGAAAAUUCGAUAAACAGCCUCAAAAUCUUAUAGAAGGAGAAUAGAAAAAAAUUAUUAAGAUUAGAAGUCAUCAUUUAAUGGGGUUCCUAUAUUUGAUCCAAAUUUCUAAAUCAAAUUGCAGUAGUACAAUUUAUGA